AUGAUCAGUAAACUCCAGAUAGAGCAUGUGACACAUCUCUUCCCGGCCCCGGAGGGCGGAGACCUGAAGGUGCUGGAAGACGUCUCCUUCGACGUUGGCGCGGGCGAGUUCGUUUCGAUCAUCGGCGCGAGCGGAUCGGGGAAGACAACAAUCCUGAGAAUUAUCGACCGCCUGAUCACGCCAACCGAGGGCAGCAUUCGUAUCGAUGGCGAGCUCAUUGUGCGUCCGGGUGGGAAAAUCAGCUUCGUCUUUCAGCGGGACUCGCUUUGGCCGUGGCGAACGGUUCUCGGCAACGCGGUUUAUGGCCUCGAGAUACGUAAGGUAAGCCGCCCCGAGGCCGAGGAGCGCGCAAGGUAUUUCCUUGAUCUGGUCGGGCUCGGCGGCUUCGAAAACUAUUUUCCCCACCAGCUUUCGGGUGGGAUGCGUCAGCGCGUCAACUUUGCGCGCGCGUUGACGGUCGAUCCCGACAUCCUCUUGAUGGACGAGCCGUUCGCUUCGCUUGAUGCACAAACACGGGAAAUCAUGCAACUCGAGUUGCUGCGCAUCUGGGAGGAGACCGGCAAGACCGUGUUAUUCGUCACCCAUCAAAUCGACGAGGCCGUGUUUCUCGCCGACCGAGUGGUCACGCUUUCCGCGCGGCCGGGCUCAUUUCCACACAGGCUGGUAUCGAGACGCCGCUUGUAG